AUGGGUGCUACAAGAGUCACUGAAACCCUUGUGCUUUCUCUCCUCCUCCUCCUCUCAGGUUCCUCCGCCACUCAAAGGAAGAAAACCCGAGCAGCGCCCCGGAUGCCUUGUAAACAAAUGGUGUUUUACUUCCACGACAUUCUUUACAAUGGGGAGAAUGCCAAAAACGCAACUUCAGCCAUAGUGGGCGCACCUGCUUGGGGCAACCGCACAAUCUUGGCUGGACAAAACCAUUUUGGUAACGUGGUUGUGUUUGACGAUCCCAUAACCUUAGACAAUAAUUUACUUUCGAUCCCGGUGGGACGUGCACAAGGCUUUUAUUUGUAUGAUAGGAAAGAUUAUUUCACAGCAUGGUUAGGGUUUUCGUUUUUUUUCAACUCUACUCUGCACAGGGGGAGCAUCACCUUUGCCGGGGCUGAUCCUUUGAACAAAACAAGGGACAUCUCGGUGAUUGGUGGCACUGGGGAUUUCUUUAUGGCCAGAGGUAUAGCCACUUUGAUGACUGAAGCAGUUGAAGGGGAUGUCUAUUUUAGGCUCCAAGUUUAUAUUAAAUUAUUUGAGUGUUGGUAACUAGUAUAAUGCCGCUGCUAUCUGCUUUCUCAUCUUGUUUUUCGUUUUGCGGCAUAUUUUCAUAUGGUCUUUAGUUGUAUAUUUUCUUUUUUUGACGUGUGAUUGUCAACUGAGUUAAGAUAUAAUUUAAGAUACAGUUGACAUUAUUCAA